AUGCACCUAGACGAUGGUCCAUUUCAGAAUGAAGUUAUUUAUCUAAUUGGGUUGAAGCACAAGAAUAUUGUAAAACUUGUAGGCUACUGUGCUGAAUCACGGUGGGAGGCAACUCAACUAAGCGGGAAAUAUGUCAUGGCUGAAAUACCAAAGAGGCUGCUUUGCUUUGAGUACCUAAAUAACAAGAGCCUUCAUAAGCACCUUUCGGAAAGUCAACAAGUAAACACAUGCAUUGUAAUAGGACUAAACUGUGUUGAUUCUGACCCCAAAAAGAGGCCGUCUGCGCUGGAUAUAAUUCAAAUGCUCAAUGCAGUAGAGAGUACAAAUAAGCAUACAUUGGACACAGAAUUUGGUACGUUAGGCUGUUCAGUUGCGACUACGGAUCAUAUCACAAUGUUGCAUAGAUCAUCCACCUCAAAAACUGCAAAUAUCAGCAGUCUGUUCACCUUCUCUGCCAAAGGAAGUAAAAUAAGUAUUCUGGCCUUCGAGGUUGCCAAUAAUACAAUUGACAAGAGCUUCAGUCUGAUUAAAAUAAUCUCCAAACAAAGCAUGGAGCAUCUCAAAGAAGGGGUGCUUAGGUCAGAAGGUGUUCGUCGUCUGAUCUCCGAAGAUCACAAUCAGUUGGUUCUUCUUGUUGAAGCUGACAUACGACAGAAGUUUAGGCGAUUUUGCUCAGAGGUUAGCCGGUUUGGAGAUCUGUGUGUAGAUCUUUCUUGGCACAAUUUGGUUAGGUAUUUCGACAGGUUGAUAUAUCAAGAGACGACAACUCAGAAAAAAUUGCUGAACGAAGAAUUGCUUUCCAAUAUACAGUAUCUUAGAAAGCAUGAAAAGUAUACAUGGGAACUGCAUGGAGAAUUACUUGUGUUGGACAAGUGUGCAGAAAGAUUUCAGCGCGAAUUGAUGGAGCAUAAUGGCAGUGGAAGAUCUGAGCGUGAUCAAAGAAAUAUGAUUCAAACCAUGCAUCGUUCAGUGAAGCAUCAAAGAUCGGUCGCAAAGAAUUUGAAAAAUAAAUCACUUUGGACCAAGACGAUGGAAGAUAUUGUAGCAAAACUUGUAGACAUUGCGUAUGUCUUAAAUUUUGAGAUCAGAAGUGCUUUCUUGAAGAACAACGGAGAUCAAUCUGUAGCGCCAGUGACCAACCUUCAUCAAACAUUAGGGCCUACUGGCCUUGCGUUGCAUUAUGCCAAUGUCAUUCUGCAGAUAAAUACAUUGGUAUUGACCUCACCUGCGGCUGUUUCUUACAAAGCUAGGGGUGCAUUGUACCAGGCACUGCCUCCAUGCAUCAAAUCAAAGUUGCGAGAUUGUUGUCGCCGAGAGAAAACGAUGACAGUAGCAGAGGUCAGAGCUGAAAUGGACAGUAUACUUCAGUGGCUUGUGCCAGUUGCAGAAUCCACAAUAUUGUACUACAAGAAUGGGGCAUUCGGUGAAUGGAUGAACAUGGUGAUGCCAGAGGAUAUAGAUGUUGAGGAACCACAUUGGCCUGGAGAAGAAGAACGUCAGACCAUUGCUGGUGCCUCUGCCAUUCAAAGGCAUGUGGUGAACAAGAUAGAGACAUUGUACUACGCUGAUAAGCGGAGGACCGAAGGUUACAUCCUGGACCUAAUUCGAGGUCUGCAUCGUCUUGUUUGCUAG